GCGCGCUGCUUUCCCCCCCUUUUCCUCCCCCACCCCCCCCAAUCCGGCGCCGCGGGGCGCCCCCCCGCCGCCGCCAACAUGAGGGAGACGCCGCUGUCCAACUGCGAGCGGCGCUUUCUGCUCCGCGCCAUCGAGGAGAAGAAGCGUCUAGAUGGCAGACAGAUCUAUGACUAUAGAAACAUCAAGAUUUCAUUUGGAACUGACUAUGGGUGUUGUAUUGUGGAACUUGGAAAAACAAGAGUUCUUGGACAAGUUUCUUGUGAACUUGUUGCCCCAAAGCUCAAUCGGGCAACAGAAGGCAUUCUUUUCUUUAAUCUUGAACUCUCUCAGAUGGCCUCUCCAGCUUUUGAACCUGGCAGGCAGUCAGACCUCUUGGUAAAAUUGAACAGACUCUUGGAAAGGUGUUUAAGAAAUUCAAAGUGUGUGGACACUGAAUCGCUGUGUGUUAUUGCUGGUGAAAAGGUAUGGCAAAUUCGUGUCGAUCUGCAUGUAUUAAAUCACGAUGGAAACAUUCUUGAUGCUGCCAGUAUUGCAGCAAUUGUGGCUCUGUGUCAUUUUAGGAGACCUGAUGUGUCCGUUCAAGGUGAUGAAAUAACUUUGUAUACCCCUGAGGAGCGGGAUCCUGUACCCCUGAGCAUUCAUCACAUGCCCAUCUAUGUCAGCUUUGCCUUCUUCCUGCAAGGGGCCUAUUUAUUGGUGGAUCCCAGUGAACGAGAAGAGCGGGUAAUGGAUGGCUUGAUGGUGAUUGCCAUGAACAAACACCGUGAAAUUUGUACAAUCCAAUCCAGCGGUGGAGUCAUGCUGUUGAAGGAUCAAGUUCUAAGAUGCAGCAAAAUAGCUGGUGUGAAGGUAGCAGAGAUCACAGAACUAAUUCAGAAGGCCUUGGAGAAUGACAGGAAAGUUAGGAAAGAAGGUGGAAAAUUUGGCUUUGCAGAGUCUAUUCCAAACCAUCGCAUCACAGUUUUCAAAAUGGAAAGUGCUGCUGUGGACAUGUCUGAUGUGGAAGAGAAAGCUGAAGAAAUCAUUACUGAGGCUGAACCUCCUACAAAAGUGGUCCCUAAACCAGUACUGUGGACCCCUGGGACUGCCCAGAUUGGAGAAGGGGUGGAGAGCUCCUGGGGUGAUCUAGAAGAAUCUGAGAAAGAAGAUGAAGAAGAGGGUGGGACCGAUGAAACAACCACCCAGAAAAACCCGAAAAUGGAAAGAGAAGACGAACCUGUUCAAAGCAAAGUCAAGAAGGAUGCCCCCGUAAUUCUGUCGGACAGUGAAGAGGAAGAAGUAAUCAUCUUGGAACCAGAGGAAAAUGCAAAGAAGAUAAGAGCACACACCAACUCCAAAAAAGAAGCCAUAAACAAAAAAGCAACCAACAAAAAAAGAAAAAAGAAGCCUACUUAUUAACACCCAAGUUUUCUUGACAAGGAACUGUAUAAAGUGAUAAAUAUUGAAAGGUGUAUUUAUUCUGUGCAAUAAAUUGUUGGCAGUAGUUUAGGAAGCUUAUUGUUCUCCUUCCGCUCCCAUAGUAAAACCCAAGUUGUCUCUCGAGUGUGUAUUUUUUUUACACUUUUUGUGGUUUAAAAUAAAAUAACUGCAAAAUGUA